GAACCCGCAGCUGCGGGCACCGGGCACCUGUCAGAGCGUGUCGGACUUCACGCCGGAGGCUCCACUCCCUGCGAGCCCAGAUGCCGCUCCAGCCUUCAAGCAAAGACACAGAAGAGAUGGAAGCAGAGGGCGAUUCAGCUGCUGAGAUGAAUGGAGAGGAAGAAGAGAGUGAGGAGGAAAGAAGUGGCAGCCAGACUGAGUCGGAGGAGGAGAGCUCAGAGAUGGAUGACGAGGACUACGAACGGCGCCGCAGCGAGUGCAUCAAUGAGAUGCUGGACCUGGAGAAGCAGUUCUCUGAGCUAAAGGAGAAGUUGUUCAGGGAACGACUGAGUCAGCUGCGGGUGCGGCUAGAGGAAGUGGGGGCUGAGAGAGCGCCUGAGUACACAGAGCCCCUAGGCGGACUGCAGCGGAGCCUCAAGAUUCGCAUUCAGGUGGCAGGGAUCUACAAGGGCUUCUGUCUGGAUGUGAUCAGGAAUAAGUACGAGUGUGAGCUGCAGGGGGCUAAACAGCACCUGGAGAGUGAGAAGCUGCUGCUCUACGACACCCUGCAGGGGGAGCUGCAGGAGCGGAUCCAGAGGCUGGAGGAGGACCGCCAGAGCCUGGAUAUCAGCUCCGAGUGGUGGGAUGACAAACUACACGCCAGAGGCAGCUCAAAGACCUGGGACUCCCUGCCGCCCAGCAAGAGGAAGAAGGCACCCCUCGUUUCUGGCCCUUACAUCGUGUACAUGCUGCAGGAGAUCGACAUCCUGGAGGACUGGACAGCUAUCAAAAAGGCUAGGGCAGCUGUGUCCCCUCAGAAGAGAAAAUCAGAUGGACCAUGACCCUGCAAUUCACAGCCAAUGGGCCGUCGGAGCAACACACACCAAACCCAGGAUUUGCAUUUUCCUGCUGUAGAGGGGCAGACUGACAAGCCCCUCAGGGUCUUUCCAGCCUGUUCUCCAGUGCUGCUGCCCAGCCCUCCCCUCCAGGCAUCACUGGUUUGGACCCCCUCAUCUGCCCCUCCUCGGGGCAUGUACAGCUGUGGCCCGGAGCUGUCCAACCCAGGCAAGACUGUCCUUCAUCCUCAGCCAGGCCCCUACCUUCCCCUGCCGAAGCUCAGCCCCCUCGGUCCCUCCCUGACCAAGAAGACCUGCCUCAUCUUAAGCCAAAGCACGUCCUUCCUGCUGACCUUGGACCUGGCUCCCUAGUCACUGAGCCAGUGAGUUGGGCCCACUUCAUAGGAACUCUGAGCCAGAAAUGAUAUUUCGGGGGCCUGUCCUGGCUGUUGCCAUGGUGAGAAGGCAGGCUUCUCAGGUCUUCUUUAGGCAGUCCUUGGUGCCUGCCUCCCACAUUGUGGGCACUGGAAUUAAAACAUUUCCUGGGUCUCUGGUGUGA